AUCAUGAGCAAAAUUCCCUCUACUCUUCUCCAGAACUCUCUCAAGACCUCUCUCAUGGCGAUCCCCUCCUUCAAACUGCUCUAUAAAACCCCAGUUAACUAGAGCUCCAGCCUCUGCAUCCCACAAUCAAGCACACUCCCUCUUCAAGACGACGAAAAGCGAACAGCCCAAUGGAUCUGCGUAAUCUCGGCUUCGAUUCGCGCCUCUUUGGGAUCCUCGAAGACAUGCUCGACUUCCCCGAGGAGCCCGAGAAAUCGAGGAGCAACCCCUCGCGCGCCUACGUCCGCGAUGCAAAGGCCAUGGCGGCGACCCCUGCCGACGCCGUGGAGUACCCGGGCUCCUACGUGUUCGUCGUGGACAUGCCCGGGAUAAGGGCCAGCGAGAUCAAGGUCCAGAUAGAGAACGACAACGUGCUCGUCGUGAGCGGGGAGAGGAAGAGGGAGAAAGAGGAAGGGGCCAAGUACCUGAGCAUGGAGAGGAGGACCGGGAAGUUCAUGAGGAGGUUCGCGCUGCCGGAGAACGCUAAUGUGGAGACGGUGACGGCGGCGUACCAGGACGGGGUGCUCAGGGUGGCCGUCGAGAAGGUGCGGCCGCCGGAGCCGAAGGCCAAGAGCAUCGAAGUCAAGGCCGGUUGAUGAUGGUCCGGUUUUAAUUCUGUCUACGAAAGUUUUUUAGGGACUUGUGGAGUUCCCUCUGUUUUCUUAUGGGGUUUUAAUAUGUGUAAUGAGACAUGUCUCUGUGUAAUGAAAUCUAGUAAGGGUUUUCGAUUAUCAAAUGAUUAAUAGAGUAUGUAGGACUAUCUCUAAUA